AACUGUUACUCGAUCGUAUCUUGGUAAAACCCUCAGUGCUCACGGCUGAAUCUUUGCGUCUCCCGAAACCCAGACUGUGUAACGUUACUGUCAGCAAAAACGCUUGGUUGGCAAAACCGAAUCAGACGGAUGUUUUUAUCACGAGUUUCAGUCUGCUGGCCGACACACAGGGACAGGUUAUCCACCAGUGAAGACCAAGCUCAUACAAGUCUUCAUUUUUAUGAGUGCUACAGCUCAUUUAUAUUUCACUUUAAAUCGGCUGUUGUUACUUUAAAUUCUAAUUCAUCCUCCAAGUCGAUUCUCCUGUGAUUUCUGCCACAUCUUGAUGGAGGAAUAUAAAAUAAAAAUGUUAAAUAUGGUGUGAUAAUUGUAAAACCAUUUGACUGAAAGGUGAUUUGCGAAAGUCAACCUGUGCUUUUAGCUGGUAUAUGAAAGUUGAAUGGCUUUUUCUGUAUCUGUCAGCAGGACACGCAGUGCUGAUUCCAGUCCAGUUCAUCCUAUAGUUACAGAGUUCUACACUCCCCAUGUCCCGGUGUCAUGCAGCUGUGUAGAGGGGGGAUGUGGUGGCAGUUUGACCGCUUUACAAGGGGGGUUAUUAGAAUACUCGAUGGAUGUCUUCCAUCUGAACUGUCAAUAAUCUCGUGACUUUUUUCCUCAGCCAGUAGCUUUUGGAUUGUGUGUGUGUCUGGGGGGGUUGCUUACAGCUUCCUGCUGAAGACUGAGAUGUUUUGCUUUCCUAAUACUAUGUUGUGAAAAAAGGAGAAGUACACUCAGAUUGUCUAACAGUAUGGGGAGAUCUGCCUACAUGGUGACAUUUAAACAUGUUACAUAGCUGAGGGUGGAAGACAGUAGAAACAGCUUCACUGACCUACAUUAGUGCACAUUUUCAAAUACUACAGCCACAGCAGCUCCUACAGGCUUGAUAUUUCAUAGCAAACAGGUAUGUUUCAUGCUAAUUAUCUUGCUAACAUAAACUCUAUAAUUACUAUCCAACACCAUGUCCAAAAUAUGUUUGGAGCAACACUUUAAUGUGGUUUCCUAAAAGAGAUGCAUCAUUUUGUUAUUUUGUUUCCUAAAGCAGCAUAAAAACCUUUUGUAAGUUGCAGUUUUUGAAGUUGUAUAGAGACAGCUAUGUAAGCUUGCUGUACUGCUGCUGACAUGUCACUAAAUUGAAAUGCACACUUUAAUUUUUCCCUCUGAGGUGAGCCGUGGUGGGACCACUCCUUUUGUAGAGCCCGCUGUCAUGGCUCGGUACCUUAAGUAUUUCACCACUGUGGGUGAUGAGCAUGCAGUCCAGUUGGAAGAGGAAGAGCUGCAUGUGGCCAGCGAGGAGCUGAGUCCGGCCACAGGCCAGUUUCCAACAACACUGACCUUCAGGGAUUCACUGCAAAGGCUCUACAAGUCCGAUCGGUUCCAGGUGUUGGUGGUGUGUUUAGUAAUCCUGGAUGCCAUCUUUGUUCUGGCGGAGCUGCUUAUAGAUCUGUCCGUUAUCCAGUUGGAACAUGGCCACAUUGUUCCUGAGGUGUUUCACUAUCUGAGUUUGGCUGUUCUCACAUUCUUCAUGGUGGAGCUGGCUGGUAAGCUCUUUGCUUACCGCCUGGAGUUCUUUCAGCACAAGUUUGAGAUAUUUGAUGGUUUGGUGGUGGUACUUUCCUUUGUGUUGGACAUUGUCUACAUCUUCCAUGAGGACGCCUUUGAUGCGGUGGGUCUCCUGAUCCUGCUGCGACUCUGGAGGGUGGCCAGGAUUAUCAACGGUAUCCUGGUGUCUGUGAAGACACGUGCACACCAAAAGAUCCACAAGUUGAAGGAGAGCUAUGACCACCUCGUUCAAAGAGUCACAGAGCUGCAGGAGCGUAGUGAUAAACUGGAACAAGAGAACCAGAGGCUUCAGGCCCUCCUGAAGAAGCACGACAUAGACUUCUAACUCAUCAUGCUAACUGUUGUGGAGCUACUGUUCACUCUCAUUGAUACUGUGUACCUUUCUUUUAAUUUUCAAAUAUACAUUCCAAGAUGAUCUUUUAUUUUAGACCUUAUUUUAGUAUUCUGACUUACUGUUACUGGAGAGAAAGCCUUUUUUUCCAAUAUGUGUAUCAGUAGAUCCAUAUCCAGGUUUCCAGUCAUCGUAGUGAUGGAAACCAGUGAAAUGGUAAAUAUUGGUAAAUAUUUGAAACAUU